CCACUACCACCAAGCAAAAAAACUCCGUACUUAUGGUUCUAGAUCUUAUCUGGUCAAAGAAUAUAGCAAGAAAUCUAUAAUUGAGUGGAAAACAGAGAUAUAAGACUCAUCUGUUUUUGCGCUUGAAAAGCUCCAUCAAGUUAUCAAUCUGGCCUUGAAAGAUUCCUCGCUUGUUUCUUCUAUAAAUACAUCCUAAUCCUAUAACUUCAUACUCUUUUCCUCUGCCUUUCUCCAUUGCCUUUUCUAUAUCUUUCCCCUGUUUCUGAGUCUCUUAGAAACGACUCUAAAAUGGAAAACGGUGAACACAAGUUCAAAACCCAAAAAACGUUCAUUGCAUUUCAGUUUUGCCUGAGAAUUUUCGCAAUUGCAGCCACAUUGGCCACUGCUUGGCUCACGCUUACUAACAAGGAAUCCACUCAACUUGGUAUCUUUGUCAUAGAUGCUCGAUAUAGCUACUCCUCAGCUUUCAGGUUCUUUGCCCUUGCAAAUGUUGUUGUAUGUGCCUUCUCUGUGCUGUCCUUGAUGUUCCUCUUCGUUGUUGCUCGUUAUGGCUCGAACUCUUCCCAUUUUUUCUUCAUGUUCCUCCAUGAUUUGUUCAUGAUGUGCUUGGUUCUUGCUGGAUGCGCGGCUGCCACUGCAAUAGGUUUCGUGGGGAAGUAUGGGAAUAGCCACUCUGGUUGGAUGCCCAUCUGCGACCACUUUGCCAGAUUCUGUCACAGAGUAACGAUUACUUUGAUUCUCUCGUACUUGUCCCUGGUUUUCUUGCUGAUACUUACAAUCACUUCUGCAAGCAACUCUAGGCAAAUUCAGAGGUAGAGCUUGAAUAUGAUGUUGCUGAUGUGUUGAAAUAAACCGCAGAAAAGAACAGGAAGAUGAUGGUGAUAUGGAUUUGUCUUGUGAACUUGAAAGAACCUCUUUUCUAUGUGAAAAAGGAACCAACUUGAUGA